UCAGUGAAAACAAUGUUUACUAUGGCAGGUGGAACAUUUGGGCUGAAUGACUCUCCAUCUGUUGAGGGCCAAGAGAGAGAAACGUGGUGAUUCCUUGGCCGGGACAAGAAGGGCCUUUGAAGAAAGCAGCACCAACCUAUUGCAAUGAUUAACUGGGCUGUGGAAUGUCAGAAUUGCUCUGAUGAAAGAAUUUUGACUUCUUGCUGGCCGAGGACUGUUCUGUAGAGACUGGUUCUCUUUUCUUUGUUUUGUUUUUCUUUCCUGUUGGUUUUCCUUUUUCUUUCUUUUUUUUUUUUUAAGUUUCACUUUUGAACAGCAGACGGAGAAGUUGCCCCCGUUGGCUCAGCUGCGUGUGUCUGUGUGUGGUAAAGAGGAUGGGGUUUCUCUAGCCACCGCGCACAAUACCACCAUUGAUCAUGAGGACUCUUCGCAGGUUGAAGUUCAUGAGUUCGCCCAGCCUCAGCGAUCUGGGCAAGAGAGAGGCAGCUGCCUUGGACGAGCGGGGGACUCAGCAACAGCGGGCCUGCUCCAAUGCCACCUGGAACAGUAUCCAGAAUGGAGUCAUAGCUGUGUUUCAGAGAAAGGGGCUCGCAGACCACGAUCUUUACAAUCUCAAUGAAGGAGUCAGGCAGCUUCUGAAAACUGAGUUGGGAUCUUUUUUUACUGAAUAUUUACAGAACCAGCUGCUUACAAAAGGCAUGGUGAUCCUGAGGGAUAAGAUCCGAUUUUAUGAAGGACAGAAACUUUUGGAUACGUUGGCUGAAACCUGGGAUUUCUUUUUCAGUGAUGUCCUGCCCAUGCUGCAGGCCAUAUUCUACCCCGUGCAGGGGAAGGAGCCUCCUGUCCGUCAGCUGGCCCUGUUGCACUUCAGAAAUAUUAUAACUCUCAAUAUAAAACUGGAAGACGCGUUAUCCCGUUCCCGCGCAAGGAUUCCUCCUUCAAUUGUCCAAAUGUUACUCAUCCUACAAGGUGUUCAUGAAUCAAAAGGAGUUACUGAAGAUUACUUGAAGUUGGAAACUCUCUUGCAGAAGGUUGUUUCUCCUUACUUGGGAACGUACGGUUUGUACUCCAGUGAUGGCGCUCUCACUCACUCUUCCUGCAUUUUAGAAAAACGCUUCUUUCGGCGCUCUAAAUCGGGGGAUAUUCUUGCUAAGAAUCCAGUGGUGAGAUCCAAAAGUUACAACAACCCUUUGUUGACUCCCGUAGCCGAGUAUGAGACAGAAGGCACGAAUGCCAACAGCUCGAGCAUCCGACGACACUCGGUUUCUGAAAUGACCUCCUGCGGUGAGAUGCUGGGCUAUUCCAAUCUCACAACCAUCACAGACAAUGGAUCCAAGAGCUCCAUGCUCACCAUGAAGAUCCUGCCAGCAGGAGAACAGGAGAGGAUUUCGGCCGGUUCAAUACAAUGUGUGUCUGAUCAAUCCAAAGGACUCUUCUAUCCCACAGAGAACCCGACCAGGGCAUUUGAGUUAGGCCAGGACUCGGACUUGCUCGCCAUUGCUCCCACAGCCAGCCCUGAGAACAUAGUGGACCAGAUUUUAGAAUCGAUCGAUUCCGAUUCCGAUGGGAUUUUCAUUGAUUUUGGCCAAAACUGCUCUGGCUCCCCGGGAUACAAUAUGGAUGUGAGCAGGCAAAGCGUGGUCUGAAAGGAGUUGUGCUUUGCAAGUCCACCAGUUUUGGGUGGGUGGAGUAAGAGCUCUGCCUACUUUUCCAAGUCAGAUAAUGAGGAUGAUCUCACCCCAGAGAAAUACGGAUAACCCUGGCUUGGGAAAACGGCGGUGCCACUGAAUCUUUGUGGUCAGGUUGCAUCUGUUUAGGCUAAGUUCAUAAAGUCACACUGAGGUCCACCCAUGACCAGGCUGAGCAAUGGGUAGUGAUGGAGCUUAGGUUGUGCAUCCAGGUUGAACUGAACCACGCAGAAUAACAGGCCUGAGAUAUGGUCUGACGUUCAGCCUCCUUUAAUGUCCUUCAUAGGUGCCCCCUUCCUCCUAGGGAUGUGAUUUGCCUCCCAUCGUUGCCUUCUUUCCCAGUGUUUUUCCAGUUUGUGUGUUCAGCUCACUGCCUGGUAUCUCCUUCCUCAGAAUUCUCCUUUCGUGCAGGAGUCAGCCAACCAGAGCCAAGCAGAAGCAGGAGGUCAGUUGCCAGUUAUUCUUCCACUGGAUGCUCUUGGUGUAGAGUAGAACAUGGAUGACUCCCCCAUAAUCCCAGCAUGAUACUUUAGGACAGAAAUAGGCAGCUUUUGGCACUCAAGUGCAGCACAGGUGUUGGUGAGUGAUGAAUUGGGACUAGCUCAGGUGUACAUACCUAUAUGUAUGCACAUGCAUG